AUGAGCGACGACGAGUCGUCCACGAAAGAGACUGUGUCCUCUACAGCAGACAAAGCUUGGGAGACGGAGAAGGGCGUGCGCAAGAUGGCUGACCUCUUGCGUGGGCGCAAGGGCAUGCCGUCCCGCCAUGCGGUGGAGCUGGGCAAGCGUGUCGAGUACUUUCGAGGCGACCGUCUCGCUUCUUUUCUGUUGGCGAGUCCCAUGGCAAAGAAGUACUUCCCGGAGCUCAAGACCAAAGAAGACGUGCACACAGUGGGCCAUGCUCUGGUCCAGAAUGGCUACAUUCAUCGCUCGGAACGUGACGCAACGAACAAGAAGCUGCUGAAGCCAACGUCCAAGCAGAGCUUUGCUCCAGACGGGUACUACACGUGGAUGUACGAAGGGUCCAAGACGUUCCGCAACAUUUUGACGGCGUUGCUGAUCAUUAGCUUUUUGACGGUCACGUGCUUCCCCAUUUGGCCGCAAUGGGCCAAGGUCGUGCUGUGGUACAUGUCGGUCACUUUCCUCAUCUUCGUGGCGAUCUUCGUGGUCGUGCGUCUCAUCAUCUUCUUUAUCCUCUGGGUGAUUGGCUACGAGUACUGGCUACUGCCCAACAUCUUUGACGACAACCUCUCGGUCGUGGACUCGUUCGUGCCUCUGUACUCGCUACGCACGACGGAACCGUCGGAGCGCAUCUACCGAGUUGUUGGACUGGUCGCUUUUGUGUGCUUCUGUGUGUGGGUGAAGAACCAGCCGACCGACUUUGAUGACUACAUGGAGCUCACGAAACAGUUUACGGACGAUAUUUACAGCGGCAAACUUCUGAGCGAUAUGUCACAGAAAGACCAGGAUAACAUCGAUGCUGUGAAGGUGCCAGAUCUCGAGGAUCUGCUCAAGGACGACGAGGAUGACGAGGGCGACGAGAAUGACGAAGGCGACGAGGACCAGGACGCCAAGUUUGCUAAGAUUUUAGACGAGGAUGACGAGGAGAGCGAGAAAUUCACGGAAGCAAUGGAAGACGUCGAGGCGGAUGGGGCGACCGACCGGGACUUGUAG